CCCUUUCCUCCCCCCGUCGCGCGCGGCGCACAUGGUUCAGUCCGCAAACGGUGGCUGAGCACGAGGACCCGGUGCAAAGUGGCGAAUUGAGGCAGGACGUCACAACUUGGGCAAAAUGUCGCCCACCCCUUGGCAAACCUCCCGAGGCAAAGUCGCCUUCUUUCACCUCUGCUGUUGCAUCUCAGGGCUGUGGGCCAUCCGGGUGGUGGCGCCGCCCAGCGUGAGCCCCGUGCUGGGGCAGAGGCAGACGUUGGAGUGCCGGCUGGACGCGGGCGCCGACUUCACGCUGGCGCAGAGCUCCUGGGAGCGGCGUUUGCCCAACGGCUCGGCCAUCGUGGCCGUUUACAACCCCACUUACGGCGUCUCCGUUCCGCCGGAGUUCGUCCAUCGCCUGCAUUUCCGCUCGCCCUCCUCCCGCGAUUCCGCCAUCGUGCUGGAGAAGGUGGGCUUCGCGGACGAGGGCGUGUACACGUGCAAGGUGUCCACGUACCCGCUGGGCAACGCCCAAGCCUCCGUGACCGUCCGCGUGCUCGCCGAGCCCAAGGUCUACGUGUCCACCGGCACCACGCCGCUGAUGGACGGCGGCAACGAGACGACGGUGGCCACCUGCGUCGCCGAGCGCGCCCGCCCCCCCGCCGCGGUGUCGUGGGAGUCCAACCUUUUGGGCCGGUCCGAGGUGCAGCUUUUCGACGUCGACGGGACGGCCACCACCAUCGUGCGCUACCUGUGGCGGCCCACCCGCAGCGUCUGGCGCCACUCGCUCACGUGUGUCGUCCGCCACCCGACGCUGACCGACGACGUCAGGCUCCCCUACCGGCUUGACGUGCAGUUUGCUCCCGAAAUCUCUGUGGCGGGUUACGACGGGGAAUGGAACGUCGGCAGGGGCGACGUUCGGCUGACGUGCCGAGCCUACGCAAAUCCGCCAGCUCAUCGCUUCAGAUGGAGCAGGCUGGACGGCGACAUGCCGGAAGGCGUGCAAAUCCUCAACGGCGAGCUCCUUUUCCCGCGUCCGCUCCAGAAGAACGACUCCGGCGUUUACAGGUGCGAGGUCGCCAACGCCGUGGACCUCCGCAGUCGGGACCUCCGCAUUCUCAUCCGAGAUCCUCCCUCGUUGGCCUCCACCGUUACUGCUCCCGUCCGCUCCACCUCCGUGGACGAUAAGCUGCACGUCCAUCCGGGCUCGCCCACCCUCCAAGCGCUCCCCGAGAGUAACGUGGCCACCGCGGUGGGCGUGGCCUCCUUCCUGCUGCUGCUGUGCGCGGGCGGCGUGUGGUACCUGCGCAAACGGCGAAGGUUCCGCGGCGAACUCCAGAAAGCCCUCAGCCAGCGGCAGAACCUCCACGCCGCUGACGCUUCCGCCGACGGCUCCCGUCGCAGUCGGGACCGGCACCCAGAGGAGCGGGGCGACCCCGAGCUGGAGCGCCGCCGCGCCGACGACGGAGCCCAAAGCUACACCCGGGCCAUGAGGGGCGACGGUCACCGCGGCGACCAGCGGCGUCCCCGACAGGGAGAACUGGACUUUUGUGGUCCGGCGCAGCAGCCCAGGAGGCCCAUCGACGCUACGAACAACGGCGCCCGCUACGAGCCCAACGAGGACGGCGUCGGCGAUGACGUCUCUGACGGAGAAGGCUCGGUCAUCGCUCGUAGGUAGAGGUACCUUUGAGCAAGUCACGGCUUUUGGAAACCGAACUCUUUUGCAACCCGGAAGACACUUGAGACUCGCUCGUGAUGUCGCGAAUGCUCCUCGUUGCGGCUGCGCCGUGACAGGUGCCUGCCCCGGGCCGGCGCGUUCAGUCCUUUAAGACCUUUGACCUCGGACUACGCUGCAGUGCGGACCAGAACCUGACGUACAAUUCGGAAGAUGGCCACUGGAACUUAUGGAAGUCCAAAGAAUGCCCCCCGCCCCUUGGCCUUGUUUCAUCCUUUGGUUCGAGAAUAAGCGUCCUUGCUAACCUCAGUUCAUUUUUAUGCUACAUUUAAAAAAAAUGAGUGAAUGAGUUGAUGCAAAUUGUUUGCCGUUCACGCUUCGUGCCGUUACUGUUCUCGGUGGCGUAUACUCGCCGUACACGUAGCAGUAUUGCCAACUUUGGUUGACAAGUCGCACCGCAGCAAAACUGUCGGCACUUUUUUUCGAUGUUCUUAGUGUGUGUAUUUGUGUAGUUGUCCAACAUUCGUCAUGGAAGGAAUUGCACAUAUUUGUCGUGUUUUUGCCACAGAUACUGAAUUUCAAUAAAGCACCUGAGCACAAGUGA